AUGCUACUCGGGCGGACCCCUCAAAAGCGGGAUGAUAAGCUAGCUGAGCUUAGAGAUGCAGGUUCGAGCAAGAAGACAACGAAUAAGAGAGGUGUUGUAUUCAGCUGAGGAAGUCCAUUCUCCGCCCCCUCCACCACAAAACGCGGCCCUAGCCAGGGUAAAGCCACCGGAGCCAACGGCUUCCCUGGUGAAGUCUUGGAUGAGGGGUACCUUCAAGGUAUGGAGCGACAGAGACCCGGCAUACCAGAAGGUGAGCUAUCUCAGAUUAUUUUAAUCUCCUCUCUGCAGAUCGCCUUGGUGGCAACGACGGUGGCAACGGCUCCGAAGCUCGACCACGUCCUGACAGGGCAGGUCGAUCAGACGCUUCGAGCCACCCUGAGCGAGCCAAACCUAAUCCAAAUCCACGAGGGCCUGCUAAACGCCCUUAAUGGGUUGGCAUUCGGCCUGGGCAGCUUGGAGAAGGAUUUAGGCCAGGCCAAAGAGUAUUUGGUCCACAACGACGACAGCGACACACCCGAUGGUUCCGCGUCGCCCCGACCAACCAUGGCGCCUGA